CCGUCAGCUAAUGCCGAUGCUGCCAAUGUUCUCUCGAACUUUUCCUUGAUGGUGGACGUUGUUUUCAUUCGUGCUUUUGGUUCGUGGUUAAUUGUGCUCUUGAAUAUUGUUUUUACCUAUAAACAAAAUGAGAGCGAGUUAAUAAUACUCAUUACAGUCAACUACAACGGUGAAUUAGUGAAGAAUUUAGCAACAUUUUUGUCGAGCAUCGUUUAAAUUGCAGAGAUUGCUGUACCCAACAUUGCAACGAUUUACCUAAAUAUAUGGAUUCCUUGCAAGAUAGAAGCCUUUUUAAAGGUUAGUCAUUAGUUAAUGGCGAGAGAGACGAAGUGGCAGUGCUUCGCUAGUAGAAUUGAUUUUGAUGUUUAGUAGUGAUGGAUAUAUUGUUGAUGGAAUUACGAACUUGAAAUAUUAUGACAAAUCAUAAAUUGAAUAGUCUUUGAUUAUUACAAGGGCAUAACGAAAUCAAUCUAAUGAAAGAAAAAUCCAAACGACAAACAAAAAACUUGAAGCUUUAUAUUAAAGUGGUGGGGUGAAUACAGUAUUUAGCAUGUAGUCUCAAAUGUAGUCAUACACAUUUCCGAGCGAUGCGAGAUGCUCUCAAUGCAAAGCGGAAGUAGUCUAUUAACAACAUUCGCAGGUUCUCUGCUCUUUAAGGUGUCUUCUACAUAGUAACCGUGAAUUUGUUUUUGAAGAGGUGUACAAUUUUGAGCUGCGUUAUCACAGGUAAUCCUUUGGGAGUUGUUGCGCCCGUCUGCACGUAGCUAAACGUUUGACCGGUUUCAAACUUUGCCCAAUUCUUAACUCCCAACAACAUGCAACAAGAUGCAACAGGGUGUGCAAACGCACUCAACAUGUAACAUCUGGCUAUGUUGGAAGUUGUUGAGCAACAAUGUUCCGUCCGUUUGGACGGGGCUUUAGGGAGAUUUAGGUAUAAAGGAAACUGAAUGUAUCGAUUAAUAAAAUUCCAUGAAUAAGAUCAUGUUACAUAGGGCAAAGUGGACUGGAUCUCGAUUCACCGGCUUAGUUUCCUAACCCUAUAUUAUAAAACGUCACUUCAUUUGGAUUUCGGUGGUCUUUCGGCGUUCUACGAAAUGGAAAAGAGUCGCCAUUGUUAUUACCAGCACGAUUUCAUGGUAUUAUGACAACUUCAUCCAUCGCAUCUUCGCGUUACGAACUUAUUAAAAUACAACUAGGAACAAGUGAAUGCAUGAGUACUUCAGUAGUAAAUUUUAUUUGCAGAAGAAAGGAUGAAAAGUUUCUCCCAACUAUUACAAGUGAAACAAAUUCCUCUCAAGCGAAUUAGAAAUUCUACCUUAAAUAGAAUGGUUCUUGUGCAAUAACUAAGCAAUGUUUCGCCAUAUUUUCGUUUUUAUUGAUGAUUUAAAGAGAAGGAAUACAACAUCGAAAGAAGAUAAGUAAACUUUUAUUGGAAAAUUAGCGUUCUUUCUUUUUUUUGUUUUAAAGAAUUAGAUCAGUCGGCUUGCGACUUUAUAAUCUUCGAACCGACCGUUGUAACACAACACCCUGGGGGGGGCACUUGGAUAUUUUUUGGGUGGGUAUGUGCCGCCGGGGACUCUAAAUUGGCACCCCGUUCUAAAAAAAAUUUCCCCUAAAAUUGAUACCCCGUUAUAGAAAUGAGCCAAUUUUUUAUACCCCGUUCUAGAAUUCACCCUAAAACUGAUACCCCGUUCUAGAAAUGGGCCAGUUGCUUAUACUCCGUUCUAGAAAGUUUGUAAAUUGCAAAAGCCCUGUUUUUUUAAGAGAUAUUUCUUUCCUUGUUCGACUUAUACAUCAAAUAAAUGCUUCUUCAUAAUCAGCAACAAUUUUAAGCAGAAGAUAAAGCCGUGAUCCACAAUUUUUUAUACCCCGUUCUAGAAAACGCCUCUGAAAUGGAUACCCCGUUCUAAAUCAGGAGCUUCAAAAUCACGACCCCGUUGGGCGGCACAUACCCGUAUAGGUAAUGUAUGGGAGUGCCCCCCCCGGGCACAACACCUAGCCUGCGUAGCAAGCGUUUCUGUACGGUUUAGGAGAAAAGAACGAGGAACGAGAGUCGAAGACCGCGAGAAUAGUGGCGCAAGUAAAAGAGCGGGGAGGGGGUGGGGAAGAAAGGAAGGAAACGCUUGCAGACAAACACCGGGAUUUUGAAAACCACCCACUUGGUCUGUCACGCCUAAGUUCGCGAACCGACAUUUGAUGCUGUCAUCAACUGUCAUAAUUGACCAAUAAAAUGUUUGGCCUUCCGUGGAGCGGAAAUGAACUUUAGAGGAAGCGUUUGUGAAACCAAAAUGAUUUUUUUUUUGUAUUUUGGAGCGCAUGGACGGCGGUAAUGGUGAAAUCUCAAUGAAUCCGAAUGAUCAAUGCAGGCUUUGUAAAAGCAUCCUAGAACAAAGCUAACCCGGCAACUGAUGAAGUUCGCGUGGAGAACCAAGCCAAAAUUUUGACUGAGUCACAAUGCAGGUCUUCCUAGUUGAUGUAGCUUCAGUUUAAGGUGCAAUCCAUUCUUCAAAAUUUGUAUCUGUAAAUCACUAUCCGAGAGAAUUUAACAUCCCAAAAAAAAAAAAAAAAAAAAACACUAACGAGCUGGGCCCAGCAUAACAAAACAUUGCAGGAAACCAUCGCAUUCCCUGACAAAAGAAAAUCGCUUUUAGUUAUUCAGAUCCAGGAGACAAAUAAAACAACCUGAAACCCUUAUUAAGUCGCAAGAAGAGAUUUGUGUUUCAAAAGAAGUUAAAUAAAAUGCUCUUGCAUUGGAGGGAAAAUCUUGCCGACCAGAAUAAACAAUAGCAACAGAAAAUUAAUAUGCGUGUCACGUACCAAACAUGACAUCUCAGUAUGAAACAAACCUUUGAUCGACACAUGUCAACAUUGUUCGACUAGCCGAGCCAAUCAGGCGCUGCGUUCGCUGGCGAACGCAGGUUUUCAAAAUCGAGGGGUUUGUCUGCAAGCGUUUCCUUCGUUUCCCUCCCCCUCCCCCCUCUUUCACUUUUUGGCUCUCGUUUCAUUUCUCGCGCGGUCAAAACCGAAAGUCCCCUUCCUCGGUAUUUCUUUGCUCCGAAACCAAACGGAAACGCUUGCUACGCAGGCUACACAACACCUCACAUAUGUUUAUGCAAUCAUCCGUUGAACGACCUUGUAACACGACACAUCACACAUGUUAUGUUUAUUAUCGCCUGAAAAGAGUGUCUACUGAAUUGAGUAUUUGAUUAUUACCGUGUGAGCCGUGAUUGUCAUCAGUUGCGGUUCUACUAGCCCUUUUGCCCAAGGGAAAUCACUAUGGAUACAUCAAAGAAAACGAAAGAAUUACCCAUGACAUUCCCAGAACCAGGAGAAGGGUUUAUCUGCCGACAAAUGAAACUUUUGAGGGUAUUUGUUUAGCUCUUUCGGGGAUAUGUCUUCAAAAGGAGUUGUAAAUUCUCUUUGUAUUUAAAACCAUUCUGUAAAAAAAAGUCUUCAAUUUAGUUGAAAGCUUAUUUAUAAACACGUAAACUUAAUAAAGUGACGCAAGACUUAAUCUGCAUUUGUAAACAAAAAAGUUUUUUACCGGCUUCAUCGAUAUUAAAAUUCAAGUCAAACAGACAAAGCUUUACCUGCUAAAACUUCCAAAACCGAAUUUCGUCACCUUCUUCGUGUAUUUCGGAAACAGCUUGUUUGAUUAUUUGUGAAAUUUCUUUGUUUGUUACGGCAGCAAACCGGGAAGCCAUUUUGCUAGUAACUUAAUGGGCUCCUGUCCAAAGCGUUCAUCUUUCAGAAGUUUGCUGUUAAAUUUUACUUUGGAUUAAUAUGGAGGCCCGUUCUGGUCAAAAUUAAUAUUAUAAUAAUAAAAUGGCAUCACAAGUGACUUUUUCGGCCAGUGCAGCAUUUAUUAUGGACCCGUUGUGUAUUUUUGUCAUCACUACACAGGAUUUUUUUAGUGUGUUGUUAUUUUUUUUUAGCUGCAUGAAUUAUUUUUUGUUAAGGCUGUUUACUUUUUUUAUGUUGUAUGAAUAAACUUUUCAUGCGUACCACAAAUAAUUUUUUAGUGGUACCGCGAAUUAUUUUUAAUACAAGUAUUGAGAAUUAUUUUUUCAUCGUGCUGAUAAUUAUUUUUCGCUGUAUCGCGAAUUUAUUUUUGGGCCUACAAUGCUUUGCGGGCCUUGCAGUUGAAGUGGACUGGUUCGAGUCUUUGACUUCCUUGGGCGACCAUUUUGAAAACUUUGAAGUGGAGGAGUGCUUUGAAAGAGAAUGCCAAGGCGAAACAUUGUCAGGGAAAGAAACAAAGGAGGUUUUCAUCUUUCUUACAAAAUCUAUCAGGAGCCAGUAGUCUUUGCCGUUCGUGAUGAGGUUUUCUGGACCGAAGAUUUAAUAGAGGAGACUACGAAGGGACUUCACGACUCGUACACAAUUCUAACCCUUAUUCAGGGUGUCCAGUUCCUAUUUUUUCCUAUUUUUUGAGCCUAUUCCUAUUUUCUCCUAUUUUUAAACUAAAACCUCAUAUUUUUCCUAUUUUUUAGCCGGUGAAGGCAAAAUUUGUAACAAAAUUGAAAAUGAAAUUAUAAUUGUAUGUGUUUUUGAGUGAAAUUUAUCAUAAAGCAAGUAGUAUGUUGACUUUGAUAUUCUAAUAUUAGUAAAAAUAACAGUUACGUUUGUUCUUUCCAUGACCUCUAUUGCCUGGUAGAGUUCUGUUAACAUUUUUGUUAACCAGCAUGUACAUGUAUUGUAUGUAGUGUUAUAGUUCUCCUCCUGACUAUUGAAUAACAUUGUGUAUAGCCCACUGAAACUGCAUUUCAGUAUCUGUACAUGUUAUAUUUUAUUUUGAAGUCUUGCUCACUUUUAUGUUCAUCUUUGAAACUGAAAACAGGAUCAAGUUGGCCUCUCACAACACAGGCCAAUCCAAUCAGCAUCUUGUUUUUAAAAACCAAUCAUGAUCACUAGCUGAUUCUGGAUGCUACAUGAAAAGAACAGACUAAAGUUUAGUGUAUGGUGCUAGCUCUCUUGGUGAGCCCUUUUUAACAGCUAUACCUAAGCAACUGAUGAAGGAUCCAAUAUUUUGGUUGCAAAACCGGUCUUGCAGUCAUAGCUAAGCAGUGUUAUGUUCUUCUUAGAACUUAACCAUGACAAACUUACAAUCUGGUACCAAACACAUCAGUGUCAUUUUGCGUACACCGCAGAAAGCCUAGUUUCGUACUUAAAAUUAUGCGGUGUUUUGACUCAAACAAGCAUAUUCUCAACCAGCUACCGAUUGCAGAUUAAUGGAAGGAAAGCUUUCCAUAGGACUUUUACGUUCUAGUUCGAUAUCGUUCAAUGACAACUCAAUCGUAAGAAAUUUCUAUACUAAGAAAUUUCACUCUUCAAAGCUUUUCAAAGAUUUGCCGCCAACUUGAGGGGAAUUUGCAUAGGAUCACCUUUGAUUAUAGAACCACGCUUGACCUGCAGUCAAGCAUAUCAUUCUGAUUAUAGCAUAACUGAGGCAAUAUUCUAAACGUUACUGAUCAUUUUUACUCCUUCUUAGCCGCGAAAGUUGAUCUCAAUCCUGCGAACGUAGAAUCUGAGGACUCGUGGCAUUUAUUAUAACCCUGAUGGGGUGCAGGGAGGCUACCUUUGUCCACAAAAGUACUAUUGAUUUUCCCAUUUUUCUCCUAUUUUUUAAUACAAAGUUUCCUAUUUUUCCUAUUUUCUCAGUGCUGAGUCUCCUAUUUGCCUAUAUUUUUGAGCAACCAUGCCGCUGGACACCCUGCUUAUUGCACAUGACAUAUCUCCCCAAUUGAACAGUUCUCUACACAAUCUUACACCUCGAGUCUUCGUCCCGUACCACACAUGCUGGCUUUCGGGAAGGAAGAUGCUGAGCAAGAACAAACCAGUGCAAAAGUUAAUUGCAAAAUACGUAUUCGACUGCUAUGAGAAAAGAAGAUCAUUAGUUCUUUAGGUUAACAUUGAUUAUAGUUCCACUAGUGUGCAAUUUGUGUUAUGAUUCUAAAUUAUUUGGAUAAAGUCAAUGUACACAGGACUGUAUAAGACUCCAAAUAAAUAAAGCAUUGUCAUUGUCAUUGCUGUGAAAGAGAAUGCCCUCUACCCUGAACUUCAGGAAAAAUCUCCCGAUUCAAAUCCUGACGGGGGGGCAUAAGAACUAGCAGAGGCAAAUGGAUUCGAGGUAUAUGACCUUCGCAGAGUGCUAGUGAGAGUAGACCUCACUAACUAACUAACAUGGGGAACUUGCUCGAGUGCCUUUACGAUGGCAGUAUAGUAAUUCCUGAUUUUUAACAUUAUGUUUUUAAUAUUCGGAGAUGAAUGAGUCGGUCCAACGUCAGAUACCUGAGAUGUAUAGCCAAUAAUUAAUGCCAUAACAUAAAUGUUAGAUAAAUCAAUCGAAUUUCCCAUUUAGUGAGGUCUACUCUAACUAGCACUCAGCAUAGGUCUUCUCCCUCGAGUCCAUCUGGCUCUGCUUCUGGUGCUCGCCCGUCUGGAUUAGAAUCGGGAGCUUCUUCCUGAACUUCAGGGUAGCGGACACUCUCAUUCUCUGCGUCUUCGUUCCGAAAACCAGCAUGUGUAGUGCGAGACGAAGAUUCGAGGACAAGACCGGGUAAAGAACAGUUCAAUCGUGCAGACAUGUCAUGUUCUGAAUAAGGUUUAGAAUUGUGUACGAGUCGUGAAGUCCCUUCGUAGUCUCCUCUAUUAAAUCUUCGGUCCAGAAAACCUCAUCACUAACGACAGACUACUAGCUCCUGACAGAUUUUGUAAGAAAGAUGAAAACCUCUGUCGUUUCAGUUCUCUGACAAUGUUUCGCCUUGGCAUUCUCUUUGAAAACACUCCUUCAUUUGCAAGGUUUUCAAAAUGGUCGCUCAAGGAAGUCAAAGAGUCGAACCAGUCCACUUCAACUGCAAGGCCCGCAAAGCAUUGUAGAACCAAAAAUAAAUUCUCGAUACAGCGAAAAAUAAUUAUCAGCACGAUGAAAAAAUAAUUCUCAAUACUUGUAUUAAAAAUAAUUCGUGGUACCACUAAAAAAUUAUUUGUGGUACGCAUGAAAAAUUUAUUCAUACAACAUAAAAAAAGUAAACAGCCUUAAUUAAAAAAUAAUUCAUGCAGCUAAAAAAAAAUAAAAACACACUAAAAAAAUCCUGUGUAGUGAUGACAAAAAUACUCAAGAGGUCCACAAUAAAUGCUGCACUGGCCGAAAAAGUCACUUGUGAUGCCAUUUUAUUAUAUUAAUUUUGACCAGAACGGGCCUCCAUAGAUUAAGCCUUGAUAUUUUUCAGCAUGGUUCGUCACUGUCUUUGGAAAAUGUCUGCGACUCCUGGUGUAUGUAUCAAACCGGGUUUAGUUCGGCAGCCGUUGUGCCACAAAGUAAAUUUACCGAGUUGUGUAGCUCGGCGGCCGUUGUGUCACAAAGCUACCGAGUUGUGUAGCUCGGCAGUCGUGCCACAAAGUAAAUCUACCGAGAUAUGAAGCUCGGCGGCGCUAUUUACCUAUUUGAUCAUGACUUGUGAUAUUUUCGGCACCGGACAAACGAACUCUAGUCAUUAGGAAAAACUUAUAAACCACUGUCGAGUCACUGAAAUCAACACGCUCGACCAAAUAACUGGAAACGUUAUUGACGUGAGCCGCAGGGCACACAUUCCAUUGAAGGCUUUGACAGGGUUAGUGCGAGGUAGUUUCGAAAACGAAGCACUCGAAAACGAAGACCGAAGCACGAAGCACCCAAAUCUCGAAAACGAAGCACCCUAAAUCGAAAACGAAGCACCCACAACUCGAAAACGAAGACCCCUAAAUCUCGAAAACGAAGUACCCAAAACUCGAAACCACUGUAGGUUUAAUAACUUCAAGUUUACGUCUUGCAUCACGCAGUCCGAAUCAGGUGGAGGCAGCGCAUGCGUCCGCACCUCCAAAGGUCCACAAAAUCCAUCCCAAGGUUUUAUAAAAGCCUGCCAACUGUUUAACUGAACGUUUCUAGAAAGGAUAUCCUGUAUUAAUAUUAUUAUUAGUCUCGCUAUACUUGAUACAUCUUAUCUAAAUAUGCAUUUUUUCGGUACACAUACAUGCUUCUGUAGACUUCAAAACUGUCCGUCAGCAGAUUUUGGCGUAUUCAAGUACGCGUCAGCAGUAACACAAAAGGUCUGAAACGAGGCUGAAAACCGAGUGUGAGGCUCGCGCGUAUUACUCUUACGCCACGCUUUACCACGUUUUCGAGUUUUGGGUGCUUCGUUUUCGAUCUAGGGGUCUUCGUUUUCGAGUUUGUGGGUGCUUCGUUUUCGAGUUUUGGGUGCUUCGUUUUCGAGAUUUAGGGUCUUCGUUUUCGAGAUUUGGGUGCUUCGUGCUUCGGUCUUCGUUUUCGAGUGCUUCGUUUUCGAAACUACCGUGCGAGCGAAGUUUGAAUUCAGAUGUGAAAGCUUUCAAAACAGUAAACUCAAUGCAAUUCAUUUUGCCAACAAGUUGAUGAUUGGAUGCUCUUAAAAAUAACAAAGGAAAUGUCCGAAGAAAUGUUUUUGAAGAAAGAAAAAGAAUCCCGGGUUAAGCACUAAUCGGCCUUUGAGCAACUGCACCCUGUAACUCGCGUCAGUAAAACAAAAUGUUCUAUUUACACGCCCGACUCACUCUGGCCAAUUUCUCCUCCGAUUACAAGCACUUGACACCGAACCAUACGAUAUCUCUUCAAAACCUUCUAAUAACGUGAUACACAGUUUAAAUAGAAGUUUCGCUGUACGAUUUCUCUAGGGCCUUUGUCUUUUGCCUUCUCUAUGGCCUUUGCCUCUGUCCCUCAUCAAAGGCAAACUUGCCUCUUAUGGCAUUCGUGGUCAUACUUUGACCUGGAUUAAAUCUUUUAUAACAAAUCGCACACAAUCUGCAGUAGUUGGCGGGUGCCAUUCUGGGAUCUGCAGUGUUACUUUUGGCGUCCCCCUUGGAUCUGUUCUAGGCCCCCUACUCUUCUGUAUCUACAUAAACGACCUCCCCGACAAUAUCUCUUCCUAAACUCGCCUUUUUGCUGAUGACUUCAUAAUCUAUCUUGAACUUUCCUCCACUACGUCACCUCAACAAUUCCAGUCUGAUCUAGAAUUCCUCUCCCUAUAGGCUGCAAAUGGCAAAUGCGUUUCAUUCGCAGCAAGUGUUAUAGGCGGAUUCAUCGUGAAGUCAUUGUUUACAUUUUUGCUCUUUGCAAUCAAUAACAAAAAAAAAAAAAUAGCAGCAAUUAAAAUCUGCAAAAUUACUGGGUGGUAAAACGUUAAUGAGCCUAUACAUUCUUUGUAAAUUUUGGGGUUUUUCAAAAGGAAUUUCUCCGAAACGAUUUGGUACAUCGGGCUCAAAUUUUCAGAGAUAACUGAAAUUAGCUGAAAUUAGCCUGGCUACUUCAGUUGGGAGAGCGCCUUUGAAAUGACAUCUGCAAAUGGUUAGACUUUCUAGUCUUCUCGGAUAAGGACGAAAAAAACCGUGAGUCCCGUCUCGCAGCACUUUUACUGAUUUGUUCUUGGGGGACGUAAAAGAACCCAUAUCACUAUUCAAAACAGAGUAGGGGUCGUAGACCCCGGUGGUGUCGUCAACCUGUACGGGUUGUGGGAUUGGGUAGGGAUGCCACCUCGCAUGGGACCUGAGUCCCGUUCGUGCACAUUCUCUCUGGGCAGGCCUGUGUCCAGAAAAGCUGGUAACAAAAAGAAAAAAAAAUUGUUAUGCUCUUUCAAUAUUCAAAAAUUUCAUUUUAUUAGCUUCAUCAGACAAUGAUUGGCUUAUGCUAAUGAGGCAAAAAAUGUAAACAAGGAUUCGCCUAUAUAAUGCAUAUCACCCGUGGCAGACCCCCAGUCAUCACCACUUACUUCCUGAAUGGCCAGGCUCUUGAAGUGGCUGAUUCACACCCUUACCUCGGUGUUCUAUUAUCUCAUCUGACUUGCGUCUUAAUAAACAUUGUGACUAUGAUGUAAAUAAGAGCACUCAUAUUCUCAAUUUUAUCUCUCGCAACUUUUCGCAACUUUUUUCAUUGUACGGGUGAGACUAAGGCCAAACUAUAUCUCACCCUUGUACGUUGGACCCUUGAGUAUGCUUGCUGUGCUUGGGAUCCUUAUACCCAGCGCAACAUUUCCAGCCUGGAAAAAGUUCAGCAGAGAGCUGCCCGCUUCGUCUUCCGUGACUAUUCCCGCAAAUCAAGCGUCUCUUGCAUGUUGAGUGUCCUCGGCGCGCGAAGUCUCCCCUGGGAACCGUUCUAAUUAUAAAUCUACUCGGGAAAGAGUUGGCUCCAAGGGCUUGUGUGGGAGAUGGAGGCUCUAUUUGAUGGGCUCCUGGUGUCCUGGAUUGCUCAUUACUCUCUGAGGGUCGUGAGUGUCAACGACUCAACUUUUUUUUUUAAGGCGUCCCACAAACCUAAUGAUAUAGGCCUUUCGAAGUAUGUAUCCCUUUCUCACUCACGCACUAGACGCUCACACAAAAUGAAACACUACGAGCCUCAGCGCUCCGGAAGUUAAAAAAUUCGUACCGUCUGGUUGCUACGAAGUGACGUAAUAAUCCAGUUGAGUAUCCAUCACCGUAACACUUUUGCGGUCAACUGCCGAAGCGCUCGUAAAGUACUUUAAUUAAAACCGUGUUCAAAACCCUGUAGGAAGUCUGUUUAUUUUUGAGUCGAUUAAAGCACUGCUGACUUUCACAAGGUCAACUUUUGCAUAAAUCAUCAAACAUUAUGUUAAGCGGGAAAUCUACCUAUGGUUCGCGGGAGAAGCAACUUCUAUAGCGGCGCAAGACAAAUGUUUCGAGAGUCGAGGAUGUGCUCACAAACUAUUCACUAUGCGACGAAAGGAGAAAUCACUGGCAUGAUAGCUGCAUGUAAUGGUAAUUUUAUCAAUCCAGGUCGCGCCGUGUUCGCUCGAGAACGCUGUGACAACCUCGUUUGGCGCGCUUCUCAAUACUUCCAAAACAUCUUGUAAUCGGUAAGUAGACUUAAGCACUUAGUAUCGCCAAGCCAUUCGAAUCAGUGUAUACCCAAUUCUUUGUCUGAAGAUUCUCGCAAACACAUAUACCAAGUAAAUCUGGAUGGAAAAGGAAAUUGUCCCCUUAAACGCAGCCAGAUUAUAUUUUGAAGGAUGGCGGCACAAUUCAACGCGUCUUCCAGGUCAGCCCUAAUUUAUAGUUCGUAAGAGUAUAAAUUGCGAUCUCCCUAUUUUCGCUAAAGUUUCCUUUGAUAAAACUUCAGUAGAAACAAAUCAACGCAGACAUGACAUUCUCCUGCAUGAGACACAAUCGGCUGAAGGAAAUAUCUGUUUACAAGUCGGGUAAAUUAUCCAUUCUUGCGCACCGCAAAAUCAGCUAAAAUCAGUCGCUGGAAACCUGGCGUAUUAUUAAGCCUGAGCGCUUCUAAGAAUAACACGUUUAGAACUUCGACGCGUAGAAAAAAACGGCAGUUGUUCUAUAUCCUUUCUGGUUCAUCCAGGUAGAAGUCCUGGCAUAUUAUUAUGCCUGAGCGCUUCUAGGAUAUAUAACACGUUUAGCGUUUCAACUCGUAGCAGUGAAAAAAAAUUAGGCAGUUGUUCUAUAUCCUUUCUGGUUCAUCCAGGUAGAAGUCCUGGAAUAUUAUUAUGCCUGAGCGCUUCUAGGAUAUAUAACACGUUUAGCAUUUCGACCCGUAGCCGUAAAAAAAAAUUUAGGCAGUUGUUCUAUAUCCUUUCUGGUUCAUCCAGGUAGAAGUCCUGGCAUGAGAUCAUUAUGCCUGAGCGCUUCUAGGAUAUAUAACACGUUUAGCAUUUCGACCCGCAGCCGUCAAAAAAAAUUCAGGCAGUUGUUCCAUAUCCUUUCUGGUUCAUCCAGGUAGAAGUCCUGGCAUAUUAUUAUGCCUGAGCGCUUCUAGGAUAUAUAACACGUUUAGCAUUUCAACCCGCAGCCGUAAAAAAAAAAAAAAAAAAAAAAUUAGGCAGUUGUUCUAUAUCCUUUCUGGUUCAUCCAGGUAGAAGUCCUGGCAUGUUAUUAUUAUGCCUGAGCGCUUCUAGGAUAUAUAACACGUUUAGCGUUUCAACCCGUAGCCGUAAAAAAAAAAAUAAAAUUUAGGCAGUUGUUCUAUAUCCUUUCUGGUUCAUCCAGGUAGAAGUCCUGGCAUAUUAUUAUGCCUGAGCGCUUCUAGGAUAUAUAACACGUUUAGCAUUUCGACCCGUAGCCGCAAAAAAAAAAUUAGACACUUGUUCUAUAUCCUUUCUGGUUCAUCCAGGUAGAAGUCCUGGCAUGUUAUUAUUAUGCCUGAGCGCUUCUAGGAUAUAUAACACGUUUAGCAUUUCAACCCGUAGCCGUGAAAAAAAAAAAAAUUUAGGCAGUUGUUCUAUAUCCUUUCUGGUUCAUCCAGGUAUAAGUCCUGGCAUGUUAUUAUUAUGCCUGAGCGCUUCUAGGAUAUAUAACACGUUUAGCGUUUCAAUCCGUAGCCGUAGAAAAAAAAUGAAAUUUAGGCAGUUGUUCUAUAUCCUUUCUGGUUCAUCCAGGUAGAAGUCCUGGCAUAUUAUUAUGCCUGAGCGCUUCUAGGAUAUAUAACACGUUUAGCAUUUCGACCCGUAGCCGCAAAAAAAAAAUUAGACACUUGUUCUAUAUCCUUUCUGGUUCAUCCAGGUAGAAGUCCUGGCAUGUUAUUAUUAUGCCUGAGCGCUUCUAGGAUAUAUAACACGUUUAGCAUUUCAACCCGUAGCCGUGAAAAAAAAAAAAAUUUAGGCAGUUGUUCUAUAUCCUUUCUGGUUCAUCCAGGUAGAAGUCCUGGCAUGAGAUCAUUAUGCCUGAGCGCUUCUAGGAUAUAUAACACGUUUAGCAUUUCAACCCGUAGCCGUAAAAAAAAAAAUUAGGUAGUUGUUCUAUAUCCUUUCUGGUUCAUCCAGGUAGAAGUCCUGGCAUGAUAUCAUUAUGCCUGAGCGCUUCUAGUAUAUAUAACACGUUUAGCGUUUCAACCCGUAGCCGUGAAAAAAAAAAUUUAGGCAGUUGUUCUAUAUCCUUUCUGGUUCAUCCAGGUAGAAGUCCUGGCAUGUUAUUAUUAUGCCUGAGCGCUUCUAGGAUAUAUAACACGUUUAGCGUUUCAACCCGUAGCCGUAAAAAAAAAAAUAAAAUUUAGGCAGUUGUUCUAUAUCCUUUCUGGUUCAUCCAGGUAGAAGUCCUGGCAUAUUAUUAUGCCUGAGCGCUUCUAGGAUAUAUAACACGUUUAGCAUUUCGACCCGUAGCCGUAAAAAAAAAAUUAGGCAGUUGUUCUAUAUCCUUUCUGGUUCAUCCAGGUAGAAGUCCUGGCAUGUUAUUAUUAUGCCUGAGCGCUUCUAGGAUAUAUAACACGUUUAGCAUUUCAACCCGUAGCCGUGAAAAAAAAAAAAAUUUAGGCAGUUGUUCUAUAUCCUUUCUGGUUCAUCCAGGUAGAAGUCCUGGCAUGUUAUUAUUAUGCCUGAGCGCUUCUAGGAUAUAUAACACGUUUAGCCUUUCAACCCGUAGCCGUGAAAAAACAUUAGGCAGUUGUUCUAUAUCCUUUCUGGUUCAUCCAGGUAGAAGUCCUGGCAUAUUAUUAUGCCUGAGCGCUUCUAGGAUAUAUAACACGUUUAGCAUUUCGACCCGUAGCCGUAAAAAAAAAAAAAUUAGGCAGUUGUUCUAUAUCCUUUCUGGUUCAUCCAGGUAGAAGUCCUGGCAUAUUAUUAUGCCUGAGCGCUUCUGGGAUAAAUAGUAGCAGUUUGACCCGUAGAAAAAACAAACUCAGCCGUUCAUUUUGUAGCAGAUAUUUAAGCGUUUUUGUCUGUGUUAGCAAUGUGAUCGACUUUAUACGCAGACCUUAAGGUGGCUCGAUACAGUUUUUCGGGGUCAAUACCUCUCAAGUGUGAGCAUAAACUACGUCGCCAAAAACAAAGUUUUGGAAAAAUUGCCACCACAGUUGUAUUAGAGAAUGAUGAAAAUUUGUUAUGAUCAGUGUUGCAACGGCAUCGGAGUUGUCAUAGCAACAAAACGACGCUAUUGCCUAUUUUACUUGCAGCAGUAUAUCUCGGCACUGGGAACUGUUCUUCGAAAAGCAUUCACGGGAGCUUUUUCCUCCAAUAGCAGCCUCGAUGUUCGUGAAGUUUAAGCGAAAUCUGUAAGAGCGUUAUCGAGAUAUUUUGCGAUAAUGUUUUUAUUGUUAGAAACACAGUAAAAAAUGGACAAUAUUGUUGUUUGGCCGUAAUCUGUAGAAAAUGAGGCGCUUUUGACACGCAAUUUCACCUGAUAGUAGUUUCAAUCUUUUUAAAAACGUAUGUGAAAGAUCAAGGAGAUAGCUCCAGCCGAUUGCUAGAAAGAAGAGUUUGAUUAGUAUGUAUCGAAGCGCUCUUGUUAGCGGCUUUGUAAACAUUUUGGUCUUCUUUAACAAAUGAGCGAAUAAUUUUUAAGCCGCUCGAUAGAUUUUUUUAAAAAUUUAAGAUUCUUGAGAUUAACCUUCCUUUUAUAUAACCUUUUAGUUUCAAGAUUAUUGAUAUGUUGUAAGGCAGUAAAAUAAGGGCUACAAUUCGUUACUUUUUUAUCGGAAGUUUCGUCAUUAUAAGUGAAAGCCUCUAAUUAUUCAAGGCAUUGUCUCCAAGUUUCAUUUUCACGUGAACAGCAGUAACUAACAAUGCAUUUAAAAUAUGCAAAAAUGCUAGCUUUUGUUGUGCACGAAAAUAUGAAACUUGGACACAAUACCCUGAAUAAUGAGAGGCUCACACUUGUAAACACAAAAUUUCUGCCAAAAUAUUAGCGAAUUGUAGCCCUUAUUUUACUGCCUUACAAUAUAUCAAUAAUCUUGAAACUAAAAGGUCACAUAAAAGGAAGGUUAAUCUCAAGAAUCUUAAUUUUUCUAAAAAAUCUAUCGAGCGGUUUAAAAAUUAUUCGCUAAUUUGUUAAAGUAGACCAAAAUGUUCAUAAAACCGCUAACAAGAGCGCUUGGAUACAUACUAAUCAAAUCCUUCUUUCUAGCAAACGGCUGGAGCUAUCUCCUUGAUCUUUCACACACGUUUUUAAAAAGAUUGAAACUACUAUCAGGUGAAAUUGCGUGUCAAAAGCGCCUCAUUUUCUACAGAUUACGGCCAAACAACAAUAUUGUCCAUUUUUUACAGUAUUUCUAACCACAAAAUCUUUAUCCCAAAAUAUCUCGAUAACGCUCUUACAGAUUUCGCUUAAACUUCACGAACAUCGAGGCUGCUAUUGGAGGAAAAAGCUCUCGUGAAUGAUUUUCGAAGAACAGUUCCCAGUGCCGAGAUAUACUGCUGCAAGUAAAAUAGGUAAUAGCGUCAUUUCGUUGCUAUGACAACUCUGAUGCCGUUGCAACACUGAUCAUACCAAAUUUUCAUCUUCAUCUAAUACAACUGUGGUGGCAAUUUUUCCAAAACUUUGUUUAUGGCGACGUAGUUUAUGCUCAAACUUGAGAGGUAUUGGCCCUGAAAAACUGUAUCGAGCCACCUUAAUAAUGUGUUUUUUCUUUGACGGCACUGAAUAAUUUUAGCCGAAACCUGAGCCGUACAUUUGUUGAAUGCCACGCUUUAAUUAAAUUUCUCGCCCUAGAAUGAUGACAUGAUGGCGCGAAAAUUGACGCCUCUAUCGUAUUAGAUGCGAAAUAUGAUCAGAGAUAAAUGGAAUAGUGAAUGUUACAAGCUUCUGAGUAUCCAGCUGAGAUAGGGGACUUUCUCAGCUAGAUAAACAAAAUUUUUUUGAUUGCUAAGAAGGUGCGGCUCGUUAUGUUAAUCACCUCCCUGCGCGAACUGAUAUUUUUAAAUGUUCCUUUUUCCACGUACUACUUCAAUAUGGGACAGCCUUCCUCAGGAGAUAGUUCAUGCUACAUGCCCAGCAUCCUUUAGCGCAGGGGUAUGUGCGUGGCGCGAGAGUUCGUCUUUCUAAUUUAAAUAAUUCAGUUAGUUGACUGAAUUUCACUAUAUUAAUUUGAUCCCAGUUUGUAGUCGUUAUUUGCAGCCUACAAAUUGUUUAUAUAUGUUGUAAUGUAAUGUAUUUAAUAUUUACUUUAUUUAUUUAGUUAGUUAUUUUCAUACGGGUUGUACUGUAUGCAAUAAGCGUUACCGAUUAAUAAAACAGAAACAGAAACAAACAUUUUCACACUCACGUUCUACAGUUACCUGUGAAGAGGGAAUAGACCAGCACAGAAUUUAACAGAAUUUAAUUGUCGUGGAAUUUCUGUAAUCGUCUACCCUGCGAGCAGUGUGAGCUAUGCAUUUAACUCACUCUGCGAAAAUGUAGCCUCUGCUCGACUGAGAGCCUGUUUUAAGUAAGCUUCCAUCGUUCUGCUGAUAAGCUAGCUUGGUUUACUCGUUCGCUUAGGAAAUCUUGCUUGCGAGUGGACUGAGUCUUAUAUUCACGACCCAAAAGUGCCUCAUUUUAAAAUCGUUUACAAUCAAACAGGGGUACUGUACAGUACCCAACGACCAGGGACCGCGCAGCAAGUUUUCGAGUGGGGGGGCUAAAGAAGAAUGCGUGAAGGAAAAUGUUUGGGGGGGCCGGGGGGGGCAUGCUUGUGGAUUUUUAUUCAAUUUCUCUAAAGUGACGGAGAAUGCGAAUAACGAUAAAACUAUUGAUUUUUUUCCACAUCUUCCCUGAUGUUGCUAUCGGGUCUGAAAAUUCACCAUCACUAAAUUGAAAUCUCAUAGAUUGUUAUGUUAUACUACUGAUAUCAACCUUUAAUUACUAUAAAUAAGCCAGAAAUCCAACGAUUUUGCUUGAGCUGCCUUGAACUCAAGGCUGUAUAAUUACUGAGCAAUUAUUGCACGAGGCUGAGUAUGAUAUGAAGAGUUAUGCAGAUCGAGGGGGUUAUCCGCCAAAGCCGAAGGCUUGAGCCCGGUGGAUAACACCCUCCGAGAUCUGUAUAUCUUCAUAUCAUACGAAAGCCGAGUUCAAUAAUUGUUUAAAUAGAGAAUACUUCAUGGAAAGUGCUGGCGUACGGUAUUUACGCACGAGUUGUUGACGUAUCAGAAAUCGAACGAGUGAGCACAGCGAACGAGUAAGAUUUUUGAUACAAAAACAACGAGUGCGUAAAUACCCUACAAAGCACUUUCCAUGUGGUAUUGUGUUUAUUAUAUACAUACUCAGACAUUCAUCAUUUUGGCGGACUUUUUAUUUUAAAUCUUUCAAAAAUGCUAAAAUUUGUCGCUACACACUUACCGCAAAAUGACAACGAAAACGAAGUAUCAGCUUUUUAGUAAAAACGUUUGUUAAAAACAUAAAUGACGGUGAGGAUAUGAGGUAAUCCAAGAACUAUAAGUAAUCUUAACUGUUUUUUCUCAAUGCACAAUUAAAAAUGAGUGAAUUUAAGUAAAAUGGCCAGUUUCAAUAUAAGCUUAAGCUUAAAUGUAAAGGCAAAGUAGCUCCGACAAAAAGCACAACAAAAGCUUACGUCUCGUUCUGUUUAUCCCUUUCCGCUGUUGUUUCGCCGGCUCUCUACUGUUUUCUUUAUCGACAGUGAAACAAACGAAACUAUUUCACUCCAUUUCCGAAAUGUUUUUCACUUUUUUAGCGAGAAAAACUCUUUGAGUAAAACUUUCUCGUUGAAUCUGUGCGAAGCGGCGCUGCAAGCUGCAAUAAAAGGCGGGAAUUUUGGCGCGAAACUCACACACCUCUGUGGCUUCUGAUUGGACGUAUCAGUUUUCUCACACGUGAAAAAACAUCGUUCGCGAUUCUGAUUGGACGUAUCAUUUUUUUCACGGGUGAAAACCAUCGUUCGCUCCUCUGAUUGGCUAGAACUAAUUUGCGUACGAAAAUUUACGACAUAGCUUUUUGGUGAGUAUUUUUUAGUAUGUAUAUAAUAAUUAUUCAUUCAAAAUAUUUACACGGCAAAACAAAACGGUAACUGAAAAUAAUUUAGUGAAUGAAAAUUCAACUAUAGAACAGAUUCAGAAAAAAGUAGCAAAAAUUAUGCAGAGCUUACUCACCAGAUAAAGAAGGUUUUCCAUUUUGUUGGAAAAGUAAUCAGAAAUUUUAAGACAUCUCUUCUUUGCAUUACUAGUGGUAUGUGAAGUCUCGCCGUUCGUAUUUAUGUUGUCGUGUACCAUGUGCACUUCUUUGUUCGUAAUAACCGCCGGAUUGAAUGUUCCUUGAUGACCAGAGCUAUACACAAUUCUGCGGUUUAAGUACUUUCGAUGACAAAAUGUUUUUAUAAACAGACCGCGUUCAACAAAACUUGCAAUUGGAAUGCUCAACGAGCCGUGAAGCCUGACGUCAAAAGACGGACUUCGAGUUGAUCGAGCUAAAAUCAGGACGCACAAUAACAAGAGAAACAAUAACUUCAUGAUCUUCCAAAAAUCAAGGUUGAAACUAAUAAACAAUUUGUUUGAGAAUCGCCUUAUAAACUAAACCCAGUUAAUACUUUGGAUCGAAAUUGACCAAUUACGAAACAACACGUUUUCCUGAGAGGUCCGCAGGAAAAACAAGCCAUUUAAAAGACGUUUACCUCUGCUAGGUUAAAAGCGAAAAAAUAUUUUACAAUUGUAACGACUAAUGCUUCAUUCUGUCUAUUUAUCUGCGCGUUUGUCUUUGCCAGUAACUCUGGUCACUUUCGAAUUAAAGAUUUUUUGCUAUUUUUCACUCCGUUACUUUUGUUAAAUUAUUUUUUGUUUAAUUUAUUUUUAUUCUUGUGAAAAAGUGGGGGGGCUAAAGCCCCCCCAGCCCCUCCCUCUGCGCGGUCCCUGACGACGGUUUCCUCCUAAAUACAUUGAAAACACUUUUUAGGCUAUCCAGAGUUCUUUUUUUAGAUCUCUAGAAAUGCAUUCUGAGGGUCGCUAUAAAAUUUGUAUCUGUUCGGUCAUCCUAGAGCAACUUGAGUCUCUUCGAAAUUAUUAGGGUUUCAGUAUAUUACUUUCCCGAAAAUGGUAGUUGCAAUUCAACGUUUUACGAAAGUGAGAAUUUUUGUAAUUCCUCUCUAGCCUGCGUAGGAUGGCGGUUUUGUCACGAAAGCGCGCGCGAAUAUUGUUUGCGCGCCCAACCAAAACCGCUAUGCUACGCUGGUUAAUUUCUCUCUCCGUUAUCGUAUUUUUGAAACCAAAAAUUUUAGGUUUCCUUUUUACUACGAAAAAAAGCCCAAUGUUAGGUUAAUUUUUCACAUUUCACUCCUAACAUUGGGCUUUUUUUCGUAGUAAAAAGGAAACCUAAAAUUUUUGGUUUCAAAAAUACGAUAACGGAGAGAGGAAUUAACCAGCGUAGCAUAGCGGUUUUGGUUGGGCGCGCAAACAAUAUUCGCGCGCGCUUUCGUGACAAAACCGCCAUCCUACGCAGACUAGAGAGGAAUUACAAAAAUUCUCACUUUCGUAAAACGUUGAAUUGCAACUACCAUUUAAACUUAACAGUUGGAGAGCUUGCCAGACACGAGUUUAUCAUUCCCAAACUGUCUUUAUUAAUAACUUCAUCUGCGCCUAACGAGUGUCGUUCAAAACAGCUUUAGUCCAUAACAUUCAAAACUGUAGAGCAUCCUAUACAAGCUGAUAAAACCAGACAAAAUAGAACAAUAUCUUUUGGCUGUGCAUGUGCGGCUAGAGGUCUCUUGUAUUUAUUGUUUAGUGCCGGCAGAACUGUGAAUUAGGAGCACCCAACGACUGUUUUCUGUAAAAUAUCUGUUCGGAGAAGCAAAUAUUGCCUAGAACUUUCUGUAACUUGAGCACGGCUAAAAAUUUCUAGAUGGCGGUUCCAUUCAGGUACAAUUUUCGAAGCUUUUCCAAUAAACCCGCUACGAUUUUCUGAAGUCCAAUUUUUCACAUUUUACUCCACAGGUUGGGCUAUUUUUCGUAGUAAAAAGGAAGCCUAAAAUUUUCGGAUUCAAAAACGCGAUGUAAAGAGGAAUUAAAAAAAUUCUCACUUUCGUGGGUCGUUAAAUUGCAUCUAAAAUUUUCGGGAAAGUAAUACUGGAGCCCUAAUAAUAAUUUCGAAAAGACUCAAGUUCCCCUAGGAUGACCGAACAGAUACAAAAAUUUUAUAGUUCCACAAAGCAUGCAUUUCUAGAGAUCUAAAAGUGCUCUGGAUAGCCUUAAAAAGUGUUCUCAAUGUAUUUUGGAGGAAACCGUCGUUGGGUGCCCCUGUGUGAAUGGCCGGCCUAUAGUUUGCAUUACUCAAUUCGUCAUCUUUUUUAAAUAGUGGAGUAUUCUGAUCCAUUUUCCAUGAGGCUGGAUGUUUUCCACGGGCUGCAUAUUUUUCAUGAGGCUGUCAUAAUGAAAGUAGACGAAUCUUUUCGUAUGCAGACAAAGGGUCUAUCAUCUUGACACCCGACUGAACUAGUAUCGCUUAAAAUGUUGUAUUCGUUCAUUCCAGCACACAGAUACCUGUGGGUAAGGUUUAAAUUUCCCCCAAGUUAUAUAACUUCUUUCCUAUUGAUCACAGCUGCAUUUUUUUAUUUUUAAAAGGAUCCUUAUUGUCCGAUGUUUUGACGAUAAAGCCAGACCUGAUAGAACAAAUGGCGCUGUUCCUGGACAGGGAAAUGAGGCUAAUACCCAACUGGAAGCACUUUUCCAAUGAGCUGAAAGUAGACGUAAAUGUAAUCAACCGCUUGGAGCAGUACGCUGACUUCAGUCCAACAAUUCGACUUUUUGAAUAUCUAGAGACUGCACAACCAAACCUGAGCAUUCAACAACUGAAACAGGCCUGUUUGGACAUCAGGAGGAACGACUUGUUUAGUCUACUAACAACAACAGGUUUGCCUCUGUGUGAUUUCAGCGUUGUUUUAACCCCCUGGACCGCCCGAAACCACCCGUUCGAAUCCCCCGGGGGUGGGGGGGGGGGGGAUACUCCGGAUUUCAAGUGACAGGGACAAGGUUUGAAAUUUUCGAUUCCAGGUUUUUUUGGGUAGUAAAAUUUGGCAAGUAUUUUGUUGGGUGGCCUGAUUUAAGCAGGAAUUUUUUUGGCUAUUCAGAACAUGAUAAAGUCUACGUAUCCUGGCCGCGUAAUAUUGCCAUUUAAGUACAACCAAAUUUGUUUUCCUUUCUGGAGAUUUUUAAGGCUCAGAAAUUCGGCAUGGGAUUUUUUUGGGUUUUUAUAUUUAGCCCCAUUCAAUCAUCCCUGUCACUUGAAAUCCGAAGUUUCCCCACCCCCCUGGGACGAAUUCUCGUCCCUUCUACCGAUUGUGACGUCAUCAGUUUAAUGGUCAAGGAUUGAAACCAUGUCCAAUAUGAGCACGACUCGGUCAACGACACCGGAGAAUGAGGCAAAAACUCGUGACCUGAAAAUUUCUGUGAAAAUCUUGUUCCACUACCCACCUACCUUCAUUUCAUUUAAUCCUAAAGUCCUAACAGCUUUUCCUGCCAAAAUAAAGCCUACCCAAAUUCCAGCAAUAUAAUAAAAUUAGGCAACAAAAAGCGAAAAAAGUUGAGAGGAGAGAAAGCGAAAAGUAAAAGUCAAGACUGCUGUGAAAAAUCUCGACAUUUUGCUUUCUGCGCAUGCCCGAACUUUGCAGGCUAAUAUUUUGCGUCUGGAUCAGGGCCACCAAAUGUGCGACCUGUAAACGGCUUUGUGGUAAGUUGUAGCUCGUUAUAGCACGAUAGUGACCAGAAAACCGCUCCACUAGCUUCAAAACGGGUUUUUCGGCAAAAUUUCCAAUGGGCGAAUGGGUUAAACUGAACCCGUAUAUUAUAUGUCACAUAGAUGGUCAUUUGUACUUAAACUGUAUACUUGACUAUUUGGUUUUCUGAUUUAUUAGCGGAUCUUCCGAGGGUAGGCGAGCCUCCCUUACUACAGAAAUUGGAAACGUAUCGAUGCAAGGGAAUUUGGUUACAAUGUCAGCGUACGCCCGCUCGCCCGCCCGUACAGACUCGGGAGGUAAAAUAGGGGAGACUCAACGGGGAAAGAGCAUUAAUGUGUCAGACUAAAGGUGUCAAACUGAAGUUUUCUUGGUUUUGAUAUGCCACCAUGAACCAAUUUGUAAAUUCUCAUUGGCCAGCAACAUUUGAUGCUCGAUUUCAUUGGCUCUUUUACCACAUAAGAGAGUUAACGUUUAUUCUAACGAAGGACUCGUAGCUUAACAUUUGCUAGCCUGAGUCUCCCUGCCUGAAUGCCCUGCACAACACUUACCCGCGCAGUUUGCGUAGACUAAUAAAUUUUAGUAUAUAUAGACUCAGUGAUCUUGGUGAUUCAAGCAAUCUGAUUGGUUCGCUAUCUCGGACUAUAACGUUAUAUUCACCGCGCUAGGCGGUGAAUAUAAAGCAAAACAAAAUAGCUGUCCGGAACUGGGUGUUUUGCCAAAUUUCAGAGUAAGAACUUUUUUAAAAUACAAGAAUAUCCCAGAGCUGAUUGUUUUGAAGUUAAGAAAUGACUCCAUACUGAAACAGCGUGAUUUUAUUGCGAAGUGAUUGACUGUAGUUGACUUUCAUACGCUCGAAGCAAUGUUUUUAUUGACCACUACGUACAGAGGAAAAGGAGGCCGCUUUGUCACUGUUUUGUGAACUCGAGAUUUCCUCGCAAGACCAAGUUAAUUUAUGGAGAAAAAAAGGAAAUAUUUUCGAGAACUGUACCUGCCAGCAAGUUAACAUGGCAAGGAACACUGCACUGCAGAUAAACAACGCUCUCCUCGAUCGUAGCCGCUGUUGACAGCAUUUGCAAGAAGCGACAAAAAAACUGUCUCAUUCACGGUGAGUUGACAGAAGCAAAUAAAGCUCUGUGUUUCUUCUCAGAAAGGGGAGGUAUUUAAACUUUCAACGUUUAUUUUUUCAAUCAUUGAUGCUAAAGCUUACAAAAAAAUUAAAACUAUGAUUUGUCAUGUUUGAAAAUACAGCUGUAAAGAUCCAAAUGUUGUGCAUCUGCUGUUUACGGCUACAUGUUGACCCAUGAAUUCAUCCGUGAAUCAAACUAAUCGUUUUCUUCAUGGUUUCCUUUUUGGUUUUGUUGAGAUCACUUCGUGUGUAUAUACUUAAACAAUUAUUCACCUCAGGCUCGGUUAAUACUGUUGAAUAAUCCUCUCGACUUCGUCUCGGGGAUUAUUCAACAAUAUUAACUUCGCCUUCGGCGAAUAACUGUUAAAUAUAUUAUCACAGACUGAGAGAAAGUGACGUUUAGACAUACUCUUUACCUUGUUGUUAUACAAUUCAACAAAUAUAAUUCUUGAUUAUCUAAAAAAACUAGAGGCAAGCGGAGCAAAUAAAACCUUUACCGUACAGUGCGAAAAAGCGAAAUCAAUAUAGUGUAAUAUGUAGUGUUUUCAUUUUUCUCGUUUUCUAUACUUUCCGUUCUCCUCACGCCUUGUUUUGCACCUGACGCACUUGGUGUACACUAGCGCUGGAGUCAUUGACUUGAUGUCACUUGAACGGUUUUUGUACCUACUAUAAGGAAGGGUUUAUUACAGCACACAGUUGACAAUGAAGUGUCCGCAUUGAAGGGAUUGACUUUCUAUCCGGAGAAUUUGUUUAUUGGGCGAGAAACAAGUGUCCGUCGUCCGCAUUAAUGGGUGUGAAUUUAGAGAAAAUAUAAAGGCUUUCCCCGGGGACAGAGAAAGCUGUUCGUGUCCGUAAGAAGUGGGUGUCCGAAAGUGUGGUUCAACUGUAAUUAACAAAAUUUCAAAUUUUAUCCUUUCUCUGCAGCUGCCCUCGGCGACUCUGAGUUGGUUAGUGAGGCAAUCACAUCACGACAUUCAGUAGCUCCUUCACCCAAUGUCAGUCUUUUAGAUGAAAUAGCUUUGAAACUCGAUGUACAGUCCAUGACUUUAGCAAACUGGGGCAGCUUGGCGUUAAAGCUUGGAGUGCCAAGAAAAACUUUUAAACUGUUUGAAAGACGUUCAACGCAGAGCCCAACCAACCAAUUGUUUGAGUAUUUAGGAAGCACUUGUCCACAUAUGACUGUAAAGACUCUAGAGGAAGCAAUGAAAAAAAUGGAAAGGAAAGAUUUGCUUGCAAUUUUACACGAAAAGAGCCCUCAAGGUAAGUUAAACAGCUUUCUUAGAGGACAACAAAUGACAACAAUUUUCCACCAUGUUAAUAUGUGACGCUAUUCGGCAAAGAAAAAGAAUGUUAAUUACAGAAAUGGUCCACGCGAAUCGCUACUGACGUUAUUACUCACAUUUUGCUUCAUCAGGAGCAUACGAUCUUCCAUUAUAUUUAGAAAAGAAAUGAUACUGAAUUUGUUGAGCUUCUUAUAUUCUGCAAUCUGUGAAUUUCUAAGCUCCUUAAAGUACAAUGUAAGAAAUUAUCAACCACAACCGAUUAUAACUCGACUAAAAAAUUUUCUCGGCAAGUGAUUGUAAGUUCUAAUUUCAUUAUUUCACGCCGGUCUUAUCCAAGGACUCUUUGUUGCUGGAUUCUGGAUUCUUAGAAUGGCCAGUGUGGAUUAUCUAAUCGAUCGUAAGCAGUCAGAUUGAAAUUAAGCACAAUUCCUUGACAUGAACUUAACUUGUUCUUCUUAGUGACUAGUCUUCAUAGUGGGAAUUCAUUCCGGCAUGCGUACGCUAAGUGUCUAAGUUGGGGCCCUGGCUGUUUAUGAUAAUGAUGAGUGAAUCGAUGUUUAGAAAUGAAGUCGAGGCUCCACUAACGGCCAACUCUCCACAAAGGCCACCUGUCUACAACGGUCACUUUACUUUGUCCCGCCGGACAGUCCAUACAUUGACUCUUGUUAAAACCUCUCUACAACGGCAACGGCCACUAAGCUGCGGCCCUAACUGCCUAAAUAACCUCUUGCCAACGGCCAGUUUUUUCAAUGACUGACGAACAAGUCACGGACGGUCACGAAAUUGCAUCCGUAUGGAGCUUAUAUGAUCAAUCGCGCAAGUCUUACCGGAUAAAAUGUAAAUACCGUACUUUUUUGUAAGACAUCUCGCUCAAACAGGCAACCCUUAACAACUUUAUUUCACUUAAAAGGAAAUAAAAUAUCUGCAAUUCUAAACGCGAAAUGAUGCAGUAAUAGACAUUUGUCUUUGGAACAUUACGUUUCUGCACGGGCGUUCUUAGACAUUUUUUGUUUGUAAGCCUUGGUGGAGCAUAUUAGGGAGAGAGACAAUAUAGGCGCGUUAGCGCCCAUUUAGGAGAGCCCAAGGCGCGACAUGCUAGGGGAGUCCGGGAACAUGCCCUCCUGGAAAAUUGUGAAAAUUCAGGUACUCUGAGAAGUAAUCUGGUGCAAUCUGGGCGCUUAAAUUAAUUGGCAAAUGCCAGGAUUCCAUAUUGAACAAGAAAUAAUUGAAUAUUUAGCAAAAUGCAGCCAGCUGUGGUUGUUCUCAACAACAGCAACAACGUAAUGACCUGACUACCGACGCAUUAAGUGCAAAGAUAACUGAAAUCUUGGUGGAACUCAAAGAAAUUCGAAAGCAAGACGUCUGUUCUUUUUUGCGCAAAAUUCGAGAGUCAAGGUUUCUACAUCAAUGGCUAUGUCUCUGUAAGCAUGCAUCAGGGCAAGUGCUGCGAGUCGCUCUGUUUUCAUCGUGGAACGUAAGUACGUCUUCACUCUGUGCAUCGUGCUAAAAAAUCGUUCGGGGGUAGCAGUUGACACUGGCAUUGUCAGGAGGAUGGUAAUAAUUGUGACCUCGGAUAAAGGUCCUUAUUAGCGUGUUGGAGUGUCUCUGUGAGUGUCACUGGUUUUUCAUCAGUUGAAUGAGACCACUUUGUUUGCCACUUUCAUUGCCAAAGUCUCUAUUCUCUGAAAGAUCAGUUUUGUAGGUUUCAUAAAGCUUAUCUUGUACUCCGCUUUUGAAAGCAUUCAGUUUUGCUAGAACAAAAUAUUGAUGAGGAUACCUAUUUGCCGAGUUGGGAUUCGAGUAAGAGUAUAAGUAGUAGGGUAGGGACCGGUUAGUCCGUUUUUUUUGUGGAUUUAAUUUACUUUUUGAGUGGCAUAAAGUAACGUUUAUGACGUCAUACAUGUCAUUAAGAUAGUAUGAUGUCAUAGUUUAUUUUCAGUUGGCAAGAAGCAAGUGACGUCAGAAUACCCUAGGGUUGACGUCAUCAAAAAAUGUUGAGAUCAUAAUCUAUAAAUAGAAAAGUGAUACAUUCCUACUUGGUCAUGAUGAUGUCAUAGUUUAUUCAAAUUAUGUGUGUCAUAUCCUUAUUUGGAUAUCAUAAUGGCCAAUCCUACUAUAGACACUUCUACGUCCGGCGGCUCAUGGUGGAUCGUGUGGAUCCACCGAUGGGGUGACGUCAUAGAUAAUAAUAGGUCAAUAGAGCCUGGGUUAUGACGUCAGAGACGCAAAGGAUGGGUUGUGUUCGAAUAUAAACAAAACCCAGGCACAAAAUGUAGCUUAAACUUUUUAUUUCAAUCAUGAUUGGCCAUUAACAAAACGGUUUUGGAGAGUAUUGUGAGCAUCUGACUCAUUCGCUUUCUCGUGCACUAAGAGUGUUCUCGAUAUAUAAUCCGUCCGUGCCAACACAAUUUCCCUAUAGAGAUCCCUAUAUAGCCUAACUGAGCCAACUGUUCUACUUACUUUGUUUCUUGCGGUUUGGGUUGUUCUUUGUAGUUUUUCUUUUAGCUUUUGCUUCAAAAGGCGCUUCAUUUCUUUGUGAUCUUGACAGUUCGUACACCGUUUCUUGUGUCUGUACUGGAUUGCAAGCCAGAGUAGUAUGAUUUUUUCUUGAAUUAUCUGCUGCACUUUCGUAAACGACGACUUUAACUUUAGGUUGCAGUUUCGCCCCUUGUAAAUACUAUCUUCGCUGUAUGUAGUGUUACAAAUUAAAUCCGCGUUGCCGAUAGCAAUGCGUCCCCUAAAUUCCCUAAGGGUAUUUUGCAUUCUAGCGCAAUGUUUAAAAAUUCAGUUUGAGCUAGCAGUGGUCAUGAACAGAAGAAUUCAGAUUUAGAAACGAAGAUCCGGAGAUUCACGCUAGUGUAAGUAGUUUUUUCUAAGAGUUUUUUCAUUCUUUGAGCGAAUAUCUUAUCAGGAUAUUUGGGUUUUUCCUUUUUCAGCGAAUCAUUCUGUCACACUAUUAAUCCUCGAAAUGUAGAAGUGAAAGAGGCGAGCCGAUUUCAACGCGUGAAUACUAAUUAACUUGAACUGUAGAAUACUGAGACACUGAGAAUUAAAUAAUGAAUCUUGAAGAACAGCGAAAAGACGACAACAUGUAGUCUAACUGAUCAACACCCGCGAGAUGAUUAGCUAAUCUGACAAGGUACUUCGCCCCGCAACCUGGUUUUAUGGCUGAACACAAAUGACAUCUAUUUCGCAAAUAGUCAGGUUAUAUAAUGGGUCAGAAAUGCCAAAGUCAGGCCAAGAAAGCCUAAAUCGGGCCAAAAUAGCCAAAACCAUGCCUAAAAUGAAGAAAAGUACCCUCGGCCAUAUUCUGCUGACCGUUUUGUCCGUUCUAUCCCAAGGAAGUGACUAACUACUGAAGUCUUGUUUCAUACUCCGUUAAAGUCAGUUAAUUAUGCGAGUAAAGGAGGCUGUGCUGACAUUUUGCAUACAAAUUGGCCCUACAGUGAAACCCAAGGGACAGCCUUGACUUAUUAUUAUAAAAACACAAAAACAGUAAAAAAUAGGAAGGAUCAAUUGAAACACGCGACUAAUAAAUGCUGGCAAUAGAACCAGAGAGGUUUCUUAAGACGCAAGCAAUCAAGCUAAUGGCUCUUUAACAAUUCCAAAAAGGGCAAAUCCUAACUAGAAUCCAACUCGAAAAUGCAACUGAAAUCCCCACUCGAAAUCCUAACUUGGAAGUUAGUAUAUAUCAUUUAUGAUUAGAUUACAUUUUAGGCUACAGUAAGCACAAACUUGGCACAAUAAUCAUGUUGUACUCUCUCCCUCUCCCCGCUUCCCCCAACCCCCACUUUCAAAAAAAGCAGUUGUAAUAUAUCCCCAAGGUGGCCGUUUUGGAGAGGUUCAACUGUAGUUAUUAACAACUCUAUAAUUGUAUUUGCUUUAUCGAGGUGAAAUAUUCAUAAAGGAUGUCAUGCCCCCUGGGUCAGAUCUUCUACAAAUGGUUGCAAAUAAACUCGACACCGAAAAGGUCCCUUGGGAAAAAAAUUGGCUUCAACUGGCCUAUUAUCUGCAAAUCCCUUCACACGUGUACCAAGGAUUUGAAACAAGAGAGCAGCGGAAAAGUCCUACAAUGGAAGUAAUUCGCUGGCUGGUGGUACAUUCUUCUGGUAUAACGUUAAUUGAUAUUGUUAAGGCCUUGGAAAAAAUCCAACGUAACGAUGUCAUUCAAAUCAUAACGCAGCAUUUUCCAGGCACAGUCAGUAAGUACUUAAUUGAACAAUCUUGCAUACUUUUUAGGGUCAUGUCCGGAAAUGUACGCUGAUAGAUUCACACUCUUUUUGAUAGUGUCCCCUUGCCCAAAUCCUCCAUUAAACUCAAACAAUUCUGUCACUAAACAUAGAGCCAUGUGGAAAGUACAAAUAAUUGUCUUUGUAGGAUGUAGCCAGGGUCCGCGUUGUGUGCAUUUCUGCACAUAAAUGUAAUGACCGUGAAUUUACUUUCCACUGGCAGCUUCCAUUCAGCCUUAUUAGGAGCGUUUAUGCCUAAUUACUGAAUAAAAUCGAAACGAAGGCUUUAGUGUUGGGGGCUUCUCUAAUUUAUAAAUUAUGAGUGGAAUCUUCUAUUUUAAAAUGUCAUACAGUCAACCCUAAGACGGACACCUUUGGGACCGGUGCCGAGUGUUCGUCUUAGGGAGAUGCCCGUCUUACAGAGGGUCAAAUAAAGGGAGUAAGAAAGGCAGGGACCAACUUUAGGUCUCAGUCCGUUUUACAGAGGUGUCUGUUAAGAGAGAGUCGACUGUAUUUGAUACACAGCUGAAUGACUCGAGCAAAUUUUCCUGUUAACGUAAAGACAUAGGAUAUACCUGUUGUGGUUUAGUUUCAUCCUCCAAAAUUAAACCAAGGAUAAAAUUGAACCAAAAGUGCCCUAUCAACUAUCAACUAUGUUUGAGAAACGGACUUGUUUUCAGAUACCCUGUGGGCUGAGGCCCUUAAAUCCUCCUAGAUAAGUAAACUUUCUGCUUUCUCAGUAGUUGGGUUUAUAUUCCGUGUUAUUUCACAAUAUUGGUUAAAAUGCAAAACUUGGAAUUCAGUCAUCGGCUGUGGUGAAGUAAAAGCAGGUAAGUGCUGAUUACUUGGCAGAGGGUAAAUUGACGAACGCCUUGAAAUUAAGUAAAUUACUGACUAAAACAUCCUUCCACGAUCUACAGAUUCUUUCCUAGAGCAACCUAGUUAUCCUAUGAGCGAUAACGUGAGCUUCGACCAGCCAAGUGCCACACUGAGUUCUAGAAGUUCUAGAAGGGACCACGAAUUCGCCUGCAGUGCUUUUCCUAAGCGAGGUAAGAGGUUUUCAGCAAACGUCGCAUUCAAAGUUUAAAAAGAGAUUAUUCUAGAGCUACGAACGAAGUUUGCAUUGGUGUAUCGACGUGGUGAACCCACGCAGAUGCUAGGAGAGUACGUGAAAAGCAUGAAAAUCCUUUUCUGUCAUUCUUUGCUCCUGCUUUAACCACAUUAUCGUUCUGGACUUCUGUUAGUCUGGAAUUCGAUCACCCUAAGACGUGCUCCUGGAACAUUUGAGGCAUUGUGUUCCUAAUUGAUGUCAACUUAGGUUGAUGUCAUUGUUUCUGUUACAUUUUUCAGAGGACUGUAAACAGCCAGGUCAUUGUGGGAGUUUGCCAGAUCCCCCAUAUGAUCUUAAAGGCCGAGAAGUUAACUGUGAGAAGAUUAUAAAAAGUGUGUUGUCAAACAAGGCUGUUGAGGUUGUAGCACCUCCCGGAUAUGGGAAAACCUCGGUCGUGGUGGAAACUGCUCAUAGACUGAUUGAAUACCAUGGGAAAUACGUUGCGUACGUGAAUCCUCGAGGAGUGACCUGCGUGGAAGAUUUGGGUGUAACAAUUAUCGAAGCCCUGGGUGAAGUGCCCGUUGAUAGCACUAUCCGGGAAACCUUGCAUCGUAUAAGAUCUCUUAGGGCCAAAAACGUGGUAUUGAUUAUCGAAAACAUUGACGACUUGUUACAUUUGGAGAAAAACCUGGAACGUGAAUCAGAUCCACAUGGUGUGGAAUACUGCUCUAGGAUGCGUGGAAAGAACACGAAAGAGGACUUUUUAAAUUUCAUUUCAGAGAUAGGAAAAACUAGAGAAAUUUGUCUUGUCCUUACAUCGACAGAAAUCAAUGAUUUCAGCGUAUGUUUUCCCAUUGAUAUAAUCGAAUUACAGCCUUUAAGCGAAACGGAAUCGUCCGAACUGUUUAAGGAGCGCGACAUGAGUUUAGACGAGGACACCAUUAAGAAACUAGUUGAUAUCUGUGGUGGUAUUCCCUUGAUCAUUUGCACAGUAUUAUCGAUUCUUAGGAUAAGGAAUCCUCAUAAUUUAGCUCGCAGGCUCUCUACCUGCGCACCUCACGAACUCCUGCAAGAACUCAGCCCAGAUUAUUUGCAGCGUGAAAAUCGCAUUGAUUUAUGUCUUGAAGUUUGCUUUCGUCGUCUGAGCGAAGAAAAUCAAGAGGUUUUGACGAAGCUCUCUACCUUUCCGCACAGGUUCACUCAGGAACAGUUUUAUGCAGUGUUCAGUCAGUCAAAAACUGACCGUGAAAAAAUGGAGAUGUGUUUGAAUUCCCUCAAGCACACCAGUCUUUUGCGUUUUGAACGGGAAAGUUGUUACUUUUGCAUCCACCCAUUUAUACGGAAAUUUUGUUCAGUGCACAAUCAGUCGACACACAAGCAAGCGAAGUUGACUUUUAUUCGUCAUUAUAGUAAUGUCGUUAUUGCCUUGAGUAAGAAAUUCCUCAGUCGAGAGUCGAAGUGCGCCAUAGACGAAUACAGAAGUGAAAGAGAUAACAUCAAAGAGGCCACAGCUUGGUGCGAGGCUGAACACCCUGACCUGCCUUCAAAAGAAACAGAGUACUGUAUCGAUGCUUUUAUCAAAGCAGCCGUGUUUCUCGCCAAAGUGAUGAGAAAGCAAGAAUUCGAGUCCCUUUUCUGUAAGCUUUCUCACCAUUACCGCUAUGAUUCUAAACGGCAUAGUGCUUGCUUGACAGCUGUUGGAACGAAGAUAGUUCUAAGCUGUACUUGCACACCACGCAUCUGCUAUAGAGCAUGUUACCGAGCAAAAAUGGUUCUCUCUAGAGCCAAUGAAAUUCAAUUAGUAGAGACAGUAGAUGAUGCGACUCGUGCUCAGUGCUUAAGCAAGCUUGGAUUUAUUCUUGUCCGAGAGGGGUUGAAUACCAAAGGCUUUGAAUAUCUAAACCAGGCUCUAACACUGCGUCACAAGCGCUGGGAGCAGUCAGAGGAAGACAUGGAUAAAGUCAUGAUUGGUGCUUGUCAGAAUGAUAUAGCAGGUUUAGUACAAGCUCACUUUCUUAUUUAAAGAAGAGUUGACCCAAUAAUGGUAAUAACGACUCCGUCACUCAACAAAUUGGCCUUCUUCCAAUGUAUAGCUCAGUUGGUAGAGCACUGCUGUAUGGUGGCCCACUAACGUCAUAGCAAUUUUGCACUUUUUUUGGUGAAAUUAAAAAAAAAAAGAUAACAAUAAUCAAAAGAAAACCAAUUUAAAAGAAAAAAUAAAGGAAAAUGGAAUGGAAAGUGUCAAAAUUUCAACGAAAAAGUGCAAAAUUGCUAUGGCGUUAGCGGGCCACCAUACUGCUGCGCUAAGGCAGAGGCCAUGGGUUCGAAUCCCGUUGAACUAUCGAAAUUUUUUCCCGGUUGAUUUGCAAUUGCUUAAAUUAAAUUGCAAUUACGACUGCGACGAUCAUAUCUCAGCGACGGAUCCAGACCUUCAGAUACGUGGGGGGGCGGUCUCCAAAAAAAAAAGGUUUUUCGGCCCUUCGGGCUUCACUUUGGUCUAAAAAUAAGGGGAGGCCCGGGCUCCCCGGGGCCCCUCCCGUAGAUCCGCCACUGCAUCUUCAUUUCAAUAUUUUCCUUGUGUUAGUUUAUGUAACUGUUUAGUCACAUUCCUACCCCCCGAACAACGUCCCAUGUGCCACCAUAUGAAACGGCGUCAUCAAUUUGAAAGACUUAGGAAACUUUAACACCUAACUUGUAUGGGUGACAAAGACCUUUCACGAUCAAGCCACUAUGAGCGGCAAUCAGUCGAACAGGGCAGAGAAAAAAAUUCAACAAAUCAUGUAACUUCCACUACAAAAUGUGCAUAAAAUUUGGUUCCACUAACCAACUGUACCUCUUUGAAAAUUUAACUGUGCCCCUCGGUGGUUUUGCAAAAACCUUUACCACCCCCUAGAAAACGCCAAGCGAAAAAAGCAAGAAGGACCUGGCAGAAGGCUAAUUAUUUUCCCUUAUCCGCUGGAAUACCCAAACUUUAUUGUAAUUUGGUUUCAGGAACAAAAGCUAUCCAAUCUCUCGACUUUUUGAUAAAACGUCUCGACUUUGACGUUGUUUUGGCCAGAUGGCGACCAAGAAACGGCUAAACUACCAUAAAAAGGCGCUUUUUCGGCAAAAUCUCAAGGGGUUCCUUUGCUCUCGUACCCAAAAAUCGGGAAAUUAAUUUGAAGUACGACUGGGGUAUUAAUAAAAGAUUUUUCUUGUACGUUGUUUUUACGUUUUCCUCUGGCUUCUUUGACUAAAUCAGUGCUCAUUCGGGUUUACAGCCUAAAAAAUUAAUUAAUUAAUUAAGUAAAUCAGCCUUGGAUUUAUUAUUUAUCUCUAUUACUCUAAAACCGAAAGACGUAAUCUUAAAGCAUAUAGUACGUUUAAUCGAAACUUUACGUAGUAAAUUUACUUUCCUUCUUUCGUAUAGCUUCCCUUAUGAUACAACGAAAGCAUUUGGCAGCUAUUGAAACCAGACGAAAUGUUGUUUUACCACUAUAUGAGUCUAUCCUUGGCAAAGAUCACCCCUUUGUGGCAACAACCUUCAGUUGGAUUGGCAAAAGUUACCACGAACUGGGCGAGUAUGACAACGCCAUUAAAUAUGCCACACUGGCGCUGAAUAUCCGGCAAACUCUGUUAGGACGCCACCAGGAGACUGCGAGAUCGCACUAUGACUUGGGUGUGGCUCUUUCUGCGAAAAAGGACAGCGAACGGUACGCAUGCUACGAAAAAUACCUUCAGUAGGAUGUGUUAAACAAUUAGUACGCAGAAGGGGGUACUCCGGAUUUGACGGGGAUGAUCGAAUGGGGGUAAAAAUCAAAAGCCAACAAAGUACCUAGGGUUUCCAACAAGACCGAAAAAGUCCCUGGACUAAAAAGUACCCCCCGCCCACGAAGAAAGUAUCCCAUGUUGAAUUUUCAAGACUCAAGACACCCAAGAACAUUUUCUGUUUCAUCAAAAACAUUCAUGAUGCAGAGUGACAUCAUUCCGGAAUCAAGAAUUUCAAACCCAAAAAAAUCCUUCCACCAUCCCCGUCACUUGAAAUCCGGAGUACCCACUUGAGUAAAAAAGGUUGUCAUGUGAAAGUGUAAAAGCAUACGCCAUUAUUCUGAAACGAAGUACUACACUAUAUUCCACAGCGCCAGCUUUGUUGUUUUCCAAAGACAAUCUUCAAGGAAAUCACCUGUAAGCGACCCGGGUGUCUUCAUAAAGGCUUCUGUAUCACAUCAGUUUAAGACAAAGGACUGAUUUAGGAUCUAAAGAGUAGUAUAGUAGGGAUUAAAUUAUCCGUUUUUGCGUAGGAAUCUUAUUACUUUUCGCAGGAAUACAUCAACACCGAUGACGGCAUAGCCUUUUGUCUUUAUUUGACUUGAUCUCACGAAUAACAUGCGGUGGAUUCUCGUCAUUUUCACUUUUGCGUAUUCCUAAUACGCCUGGGCUUGCCCGAACCGAAAUUAGUAUAAAUAGAUUUAUGGAAGGAAUAAGCGCUAACUCGCCUAUGACUUUAAAUCACUGAGUCGUAACGUAAUUAUGCUGCUGCUUUAUUGUCCAAAAAUGGUUAAAGUUCCUAUUUACUGAUGCUUGGCGCUCAUAUCCUGCAUUUUUAAUUGAGGACGAAGUCAAGCUAGCUUUUUCUACCACCACCAAAGACAAAUUUCUUUCAUUCCCUUCUUCUUUUUUUUGUUUCUUUACAUUUCAAUCGUUUUUCUUCCUUCACCACCACCACAUAUUUAUUGUUUUUCCUCCUCUUCCACCUACACAUUAUGGACUCCACAUCGACCCUCUAUCGCACCGCAUUUUAUUCAUGAGUCAAAGACAAAACAUUAUGACGUUAUCGGUGUUAAUGUAUUCCUGCGCAGGUUAAUGAGAUUCUAGCGCAAAAACGGAUUAUUUUAUCCCUACCAUACGCUUAAGGAUCGCCAUCUGAGAGAGGAGAGUUGAUUUCUACAAUCUCGAUAUGGGGUGGACAGUUAAGGGGUGGUCGUUUAUUACCUGUGACCGGGGGCACGGCUAUUCGAGAAAGCCUGAAGAUUUUGAAACCGACACCCAAAUUCAUCCUAGCUUUUUAGAAAUGACCCCCCCAUAGAAUUCAGCUUUUGUGAAAGUUCCCUCCAUCCGAUUGUUGUGGAAAUAGCCUGUGUACAGACUCCCGCAAAAUAAAUAUUACGCUCUUCGUUCUUGACAGUUGCAACCUUUAUGUAAUGGAGGGCAAUGAAAACGAGGUUGUAAAAUGUAAUUCAUAGCAACUAAAUUCCACUUCCCCGGCUUGUCUUCUGCAAAUGUCCAAAUGAAAGAGGUGCGCGUUAUAAGGCCUUUGAUUUCAGUACUGCUCAUGUCUGAUUCCGUGACCAACUUUCAGGGCUCUCAAACACCUUCAACACGCGAUUGAAUUACAAGAAGAAGUGUUGGACACCCACGAAGAACUAGUACUUAGUCACCAAGAGACAGCCGUUGUCCUGAAUGAUCUGGGGAACAAAGAGGAGGCGGAGAGGGAAAUGGAACGAGCUGGCGAGUGUGCCAAAAGGCGGGAUGUAUUAGAAGUACAGCUGCAGACUUUAAACAUCCAUGAAGAAGACGGAUGGCAGAAGACUGAUCCCGUGCCUAUUGGUAGCACGUGAAGAGAAAUGUAAAUGAAAACAUUCUUAGAAAAAAUCUUAAGGCCUGUUUACGUGGAGGUGAGGGACACCUGGUAGGUGAGGUAAAAAAAUAACUCCUUUACAUGCAAUCUUACAACCCCGCCAUCCCGGGGUACACUUUCUCAAGAUCAAUGAAUGGUCGCUAAGCACGUAAACAAGGAAAAUGAGGGCAAACCACAUGUUUUGGCGAUUAAUGCUCUUCCACAGUUACUUGCUGCUCUUGCUGCAACCUGUGGCUUUAUAUUGCUACCUUUAAUAAUGACGCAAAGCCAUUACCAAAGUGAAUUCUGGGCGAAUUUGAUGUAUCACGACUACCUCGGCUAGGCGGGUUACCCCACCGUGAAACGUUUACAUGGCAAAAUUUGACCCCAGUUGAGAGGGUUACGUGACUGGGCUACCCACCUUGGCAAGUCACCCCUAACACGUAAACGUUAUCAAAUUAAAACGACAGAUUAUAUGGACAGGCGGGUUACGCCACCUAAGUGGGUUACCUCACCUACCUGGGCUCCCCUACCUCUAUGUAAACAGGCCCUUACUGGUAUUUAAGAGAAAGUGUUAUAGAUAGCACGUGAAGAGAAAUAUGACGAGCAUCAUAUUGGUGCACAUGUAGAGAAAUAUUAAGAACAUUCUAAGAGAAACUUUUUUGUCUAUCAGUGGUACCAUAAAUUAAGCCCUUCUUGUUGAUUAUUUCAGUCCAUUAUAUUCCAUUUAUUCCUACACGCCAAUCACAGAAUGAUGAACUGUUUGUUAAAUUGGUUUACACCACUCAAUGCAGCAUUCGUUCUUACCGUUGCAAUGGUACCAAACUUUGGAAUUCAUUAUAUGUAUCAACUGAUGUCAAGGGAAUCAAGCCUGUUUCUAGAUUUCGUCAAAAUAUCAACAAUUCUAUGCUUGACGAUUAUAAUGCAAUUGUUAAUUCCUGAAGUUUUAAUGAUUAUUUUAUCUUAUAUUCUACUCUUUAGUUUGUGAAGUAAUACUUUUUAUGUAAAACAGCUAUUUUGUCACUAUAUUAAUCCUUCUGCUCGUAUUCUUGUUUCGGGUAACCCGCUCUGUUAGUUCUAUGAACUAUUUAGGUGUCCCAAACUCUACACAAUCAACUGAAAACUGUAAUAAUUUUCUUUCCUUUUCACAUUUGUUGUUCCUAAAUUUAAAAGCAUUGAAUUUUAAAUAUGAAAACAUUCUAAACGAAAACAUAAUUCCAUAAAGUUUCGCUUGUAAAGCGACAAAUAUUCUUAAAGC